AGGUAACUAUCGCGAGACCUGGGGCCGCGGCGACCCCGGGUGGAGGCGACGUUGGGGCUGUUUGGGCUCAUGUCUUCGCCUCUGGAGCUCACGGUCGGCGCUUGUUAUAACCCAGCACUAGGACUGAGCGGGCGGACGUUCGUCUUUCUAGAAAGGCCUAGGCGAGGCCUAGGACGAGGGCGGCGGAGAACGCGGGGAGGAAGCCCACCCGCGAGGAGCCAGCUGCCGCGACGGUGCGGGGAGCUUCCGGGAACCAAGCCCUCUGCGCGAUCCUCGGGCGCGGGCCGCCGCCUCUCACCCCGCCGUCUCUCCUUCCACGUUCCUCACUCGCACCCAGAGACUUAGGACAGAUAGGAAUUUUCCACUCGUGAUUUUAGCUGGCGGGAAAUCCGCGACCUGGGAAGGGAAGGGGUCAUGGCUGCGUAGGGCCGCAGUACCGCGACUCCCAUCUCAGUGUCACAGCGCAGGCUCUUGGUGGUGUUUUUCACUUGUGAAAAACGUUUAAAUAUGUGGAAGAGAGCAUAACGAACGUCUAGGUGUUUAUCACUUGGCUUAAGCAUUAUCAGUUUACCUAUUGUAUUCAUCCAUGGAUGUUUCAGAAGGAACCACCAUGUCAUCAUCACAUAGUUACUUAAUAUCACGUCGUCAGUGUUGGAACCAUUCUGAUCGACUAAUAAGCAAAUGCAGCCCUGAGGAUUUGGCUACUGCAUAUAACAACAGGGGGCAAAUCAAGUACUUCAGGGUUGAUUUUUAUGAAGCCAUGGAUGACUACACAUCUGCCAUAGAAGUCCAACCCAAUUUUGAAGUUCCAUAUUACAACAGAGGGUUGAUACUGUAUAGGCUGGGAUAUUUUGAUGAUGCUUUGGAAGAUUUCAAGAAGGUCUUAGACUUAAAUCCUGGAUUUCAAGAUGCUACUUUGAGCUUAAAACAGACUAUUCUAGACAAAGAAGAAAAACAAAGAAGAAAUGUUGCAAAAAAUUAUUGAUAUUUUUAACUUAAUGGAAGUAUUGAUUCAUGAUCCUUACAUCUGCAUCUAGUUAUCAGUAAUUUAAAGUAGAUAUUGAGCUAUUUUGAUUUAUAUUUAAGAAAUUAAUACAUUAGCACUGAAAGUUAAAUAGUGUGUUUAAGGUAGUUAAUUUCAGGUUGAAUGGGUUUUUUUAAUGAAGUGUAAAUAAUACCAAUGUAUAAGUGUAUAUUAUUAUAUUGAAUAUUAUAGUAAAAAGGAAUGUGUGGUGUUUUCUUCAGCAAAACUAUUUUUGUGAUUUUUUUAUUCUCAACUUUUUAUUUAAAAAAUGUUACAUCUGCAGAAAAGUUGAAAGUAUAAUAAACUCUUCAGUUAAAUUCA